AUGAGUCGCAGCAUCGUUCAAGUCUUUGAAGAGUAUCAGAAGGCGCGCGUACAGUUCGUUCAAACUGUCGCUGAUCUGUCUUCACGUCCUCAAAACAUUGAGACUCUCCACAGUGCAGGGGUUAUGUCGUUGCUUAGGCCCUUGCUGUUGGACAAUGUGCCGAGCAUCCAGCAGACGGCAGCGCUCGCUUUGGGUCGGCUUGCAAGCCAUAGCGAGGAACUAGCAGAGGCAGUGGUUACUCAAGAAAUACUGCCUCACCUGGCUCACUCCGUUGCCCAUCAAAACAGGUUCUAUAAGCGCUCUGCAGCGUUUGUCAUCCGAGCAGUGUCGAAGCACUCCGCUGAACUGGCGCAGGCUGUCGUAGACAGCGGCGCUCUGGAGGCCCUCACGACUUGCCUGGAGGAGUUUGAUCCGCAAGUCAAAGAAUCUGCGGCAUGGGCAAUCGGAUACAUUGCGCGGCACUCCGAGGCUCUCGCGCAAGCUGUCGUCGACUCGGGCGCAGUGCCCCUUCUCGUGCUUUGCUUCCAAGAGCCGGAGCUCCCCCUCAAGAGGAUUGCUGCGUCUGCUCUCAGCGACAUCGCCAAACACUCCCCUGAGCUGGCGCAAGCCAUUUGCGAUAUCGGCGCCGUGCCCCUCCUGGCGAAGGAGAUCGCGCACACAGACGCCGCCCUGAAGCGCCAGGUGUGCGCGUGUCUCGGGAAACUCGCGACGCACUCUGUGGAUCUCGCGGAGAUCGUUGUCGAGGCAGAAAUUUUCCCUAAGAUCCUGCACUGUCUCAAAGACCCCGAUGAGGUCGUCAGGAAAAACGCCGCGACCUGCAUCCGAGAGAUCGUCAGGCACACGCAGGAUCUCGCGAAGUUCGUCGUGAACGCAGGAGGCGUUGCGGCGCUUGUUGACAAUAUCACGAAUGCUCACGGGAACAACCGGCUGCCGGGCAUCAUGGCUUUGGGUUAUAUCGCGGCGUUCUCGGAGACGCUCGCACUCGCCAUCAUUGUCUCCAAGGGGAUUCCGCCGCUCAAGCACGCGCUGGUGGAGGAAUCGGAGGAUCACCUCAAAGCCGCAGCAGCCUGGACUUUGGGUCAAGUCGGGCGCCAUACUCCUGACCACGCCAUGGCCGUCGCGGAGGCGGACGUUCUUCGCAAGCUCCUCCAGAUACACUUGGACGCGAAGGCUAGUGACGACCUCCAAACGAAGACGAAGAGAGCUCUCAAGAGUAUUCUACAGAAGUGUACGCACCUAGCCGCCCUAGAGCCCCUCCUUCAAGAAGCCCCGGCACCUAUCCUAAAAUACGUUGUGCAGCAGUUCGCGAAAGUCUUGCCUAACGACGCCCAGGGGCGGCGCUCGUUUGUCCAGUCCGGAGGCCUCGAGCAACUCCUGCGGAUUCGGAGCUCUGAAGCUGGGAGCAGCGUGGCAGACUUCGUAGAAGAGAUCACAGAGCUGUACCCCCCUGAGAUCGUCAACUACUAUUCGCCAGGCUACUCAGCAAUGCUGCUCCAGAAACUGGACGAAAGUAUCGCAGCUCCUGCAGCCGUCUCGUAA